AUGGCCCAGUUAGCUACAACUCAAACGCAGUUCAUGAAUGAAACUCGCACUACUCUGCAAAAUCAUUCUGCACAGAUAAGGAAUUUGGAGGUUCAGCUAAGUCAAAUGGCGAGUAUGUUAACAGAGAGACAACAAGAAAACUUGGCUAGCACAUCUAAGGCAAAUCCAAGAAAGAGUGGCAAUGAACAAUGCAAUGCAAUCACUUUGAGGAGUGGAAAUGAAUUGAAGGCCCCAGAGAAAAAGUCAAAGUCUGUAGAUCAGAAGCAUGAUCAAGAUAACCUUGAACACAACAAGUCUAAAGCUCAUAUUCAAGCAUCAUUACCACAAGAUACAUUUACCAAAAUUCCUUUUCCUCAGCGCUUGAUGAAGAACAAGCUUGACCAACACUUUGCUAAAUUCUUAGAUGUAUUCAAGAAGCUUCACAUUAAUAUCCCAUUUGCUGAAGCUCUUGAACAAAUGCCAAGCUAUGUGAAGCUUAUGAAAGAAAUUCUAUCAAACAAAAGGAAGCUUAAGGAUUAUGAGACAGUCACACUUACUGAAGAAUGCAGCGCAAUCUUGCAAAAGAAGUUACCACCCAAACUCAAGGAUCCAGGCAGUUUUACCAUCCCAUGCUCGAUUGGGAAUGUGGUGUUUGAGAGGGCAUUAUGUGAUUUGGGAGCAAGUAUCAAUUUAAUGCCCUUAUCAAUCUUCAAGAAGCUUAACUUGGGAGAAGCGCGGCCUACUACAGUCACAUUGCAACUAGCAGAUCGUUCAUUGAAGCACCCCAGGGGAGUAAUUGAAGAUGUCCUUGUCAAGAUAGAUAAGUUCAUAUUUUCAACUGAUUUCAUUAUACUUGACAUAGAAGAAGACAAAGACAUACCAAUUAUACUAGGUAGACCAUUUUUGGCUACUGGGAGAGCGAUUAUUGAUGUGCAAAAAGGAAAAUUACAUCUUCGGGUCCAAGAGGAAGAAGUGACUUUCAACGUUUUUGAUGCUAUAAAAUAUCCUCAAGCAAGUGAAUGUUGCUUUCGUAUUAAUGAGAAAAAUCUUUUGCAAUUGAAUGAGUUCGAUGAUUUUCGAAAUGAAGCUUAUAAAGAUGACAGAACUAAUAAAAAGCAAACAAAGGCUAGGCAUGGAAAAUUCAAGCUGAAGUGGUGUGGACCAUUUACAAUCAAUAAGAUGUUACCAUAUGGUGUUGCGGAAGUCACUCAUUCAAAGAAAGGAACUCUCAAAAUUAAUGGGCAGCGGAUGAAGCCAUAUUUUGGGUGGAGCUUUGACAAGGGUAAAAAGAAAAUCAUCUUGAACCCACCAUGA